AGUGGCGGGGCAAAACUCGCGACGACGACGACGAUUUUUUUACUGAUCGCCGACUACUGCGCUUGUGUGUUGUGUGAUCGCGACAAUUUGUCGCCGUUAAAAGAAUUCCGUGACAUCAGUAGUCGCGUUCUGUCGGUGGCAAAAACAGGACUCGCCGGAGACGCUCUGACCGCAAAACCGAAGGCAACCCCUCCACCCACCAGCGACGCCACCCCCUUGGAGCAUCAUCAUCAACAACAACGAGUGAUCAUCUGCUGCUUCUGCACCCCACUCUACAAGCAGGAAGGGUCCACCCACUGGGCAGACACCUCGCAAAAAUCAAACGGACCCCAGAAAGAAGCGUCCCGUUCGACCGCAAUUAUCACCUGGUGCGCCUAUAUUAUAACAUAAUCAUAUUACCAAGCGGUGCUACUGGUAUAUUUGGCUGAUUUACAACUGCUACCAGUACUACUACUACUAUUACUACUACUUCGACAUCAACUACUGCAGCAGUACUCUACUACAAACAUCAACCGGCAACAACAACAACUGACAGCAGUCGCGCGGGUCACGUGUGCGUGGAGGACAUGCGGCUAGUGUAGUGUGCUGUGCGUGCAGGAAGCCAUGCUUCCUCUGGCGACGACUCAGUGAGUGCAACACCGACUGGGCACACACCAUGUCCCAGUUUGGCUUCCGAGCAUCGCCGAAUACUCAGAGCGCAGUAUCGUCGGGACCUAGUCAAUCGCCACCAGCUUCUGCAUCUCAACCACCACCGACAAGUAUGGCUGUGACCUCUUCGGCCCCGGCUCCGGGAAGCCCACCGACCUCGCAGAGAUGCUGCGAUACAGGAAGACCCAUCUUCACCGACCCCAUCACCGGGCAAAGCGUUUGCUCUUGCCAGUACGAACUCUUAGGUUACGGAAGGUUAGCGGGCGCCGGUGUCCCAGGAAUCCCAGCACUCUCGAUGUACAGUGCUCCCUACCCCGAAGGAAUGGCCGCCUAUUUCCCUGCCCUUGGAGCUGACCAAGCACCAUUCUACACCUCAACGGCCGCAGGAUUAGAGCUGAAGGAGAAUCUAGCGGCGGGCGCCGCUUCCUGGCCUUAUCCCUCGGUUUACCAUCCCUACGACGCCGCCUUCGCCGGAUACCCAUUCAACGGGUACGGCAUGGAUCUGAACGGGGCGCGAAGGAAAAACGCGACACGCGAAACUACGAGCACCUUGAAGGCUUGGCUCAACGAGCACAAGAAGAAUCCGUAUCCGACGAAGGGCGAGAAGAUCAUGUUGGCGAUCAUCACGAAGAUGACGCUGACGCAGGUCUCGACGUGGUUCGCGAACGCGAGACGGAGAUUGAAGAAGGAGAACAAGAUGACCUGGGAACCGAGAAAUCGGGUCGAAGACGAGGACAACAAUAACGAUGACGACGAUCACAAGAGCACCGACGGAAAAGAUCUCAUCGAUGUUACAGAUUCGAAGGAUUCGGGAACAGGAUCAAGCGAGGACGGCGACAGACCGACUCAUCCUAGAUUAGCACCGGACACGGGCAGCGAAUGGAGCGAGUCGAGACCGGACAGCGGCCCGGACAGUCCGGAAUGCCUGUACGACAGAUCCCAUCCGGCCUUCCUUCCACCAAGGUCUUCGGGUUCUCCACCUCAAAUCUCAGCGUCGGUGGCAUCGUCGAAACCGAGGAUAUGGUCGUUGGCCGACAUGGCCAGCAAGGAGAGCGACGCGCCCACGCAAUCCGCCUCUUCGUCAUUCUACUCGACAGCAGCUGGUAGAUUGGUGGCACCUCUAGGUGGUAGAUUACCGCCUCCAGGCAUCCACGCUUCGCCCUACGCCCGCACCCACGAGUUCUACAGGAGCCUCUACGGACCUGCAGCGGCUCAGCAUCUCGCAGCUGGUGGAAGCGCCGGACCCGUGGACGUCUCCCUCUUGGAGUCGUACUCGAGGAGUUUCGGUUCAGGACUGGUUGGAACGAGCAGCGCCACAACCGCGUCCAUGCUGAGCAAAGCCACCCUCUCUUCGCCCGGCAUCAGCGGCCUUCCCUUAGGUCUGACGACGAACGCAUCGAGGAUGUCGCCAUCCUCGACGUCCUCCAUCUCCUCCGGCUCCGAGACACCCCUGAAACCGGUCGCAUUGAACAAAGCCUGACUGCCGGCCUCAUCCUCCCUCUGGCCCUGAUCUACUACCUCCGGAAGUGUACAUAAAAGAGUGGACAAUAAGUAAAACAAUACACAAAUAAUAAAAAGACUAGGCGGCGUUGAGGCCCCGUAGUAGUGUGCUCUGUACAGUCAAUGUGAUAUACCUUUUGGUUCCUUAAGUUUUAAUCGUUGCGUCAGGACGCUGCAUAGUUCAUUUGUAUAUAUAAAUAACUAAAACAACAACAACAACAACAGAAGAUGAAGAAAGAUCCAAAGCAGAACCCCCCAAAGCGCCCAUCCCUCCCCCGAGACUGCGCCAUCCGCUCGCAGCAGUAUAAAUCAACAACAAAGAGGACAACAACAACAAAAACAACAAUAUCUUGUAUCUAUAUGUAUGUAAUUAGAGUAGU